CCAACCAACUCCAACCCUCGAGCUCAACGCCCUCUCCUUCCUUCAAGAUGGACUCCAGCAAGCAGCCCGUUAAGCUCGUCAAGGUGACCCGUGUCCUCGGCCGCACCGGAUCCCGUGGUGGUGUCACCCAGGUCCGCGUCGAGUUCAUGGACGACACUUCCCGUUCCAUCAUCCGUAACGUCAAGGGCCCAGUCCGCGUUGACGACAUCCUCUGCCUGCUCGAGUCCGAGCGCGAGGCCCGCCGUCUCCGUUAA